CAGGAGUGGCUUAAUACUCUGCUAUUGCUGUUACUAUUUCCCCGAAGAUGGCGGCGUGUAGACGUGUUCAGUUGCUUCUUCUGUUAAUGUCCGUCGUGGUCUCUGUGUGUGUGUCGCAGGCGCCAAAAGCAAAUGUAAAUGGCAAUGAUGUUAUUCCAGCCCAGAUAAAAAACCAUGGACAAGGGCAAGCGCCCAACGCAGGGAACCCGUUAGCCCCCGCAGCCGGGGCCUCCCAGCCCCGCCGGAUCACCGGCUGGAAGCUAGCCGAAGAGGAGGCCUGUCGGGAGGACCUGACGCGGCUCUGCCCCAAGCACACCUGGAACAACAACCUGGCCGUGCUGGAGUGCUUACAGGAUCGGAAGGAGGACACGGAGAUCGCAUCAGACUGCAAUCAUCUACUCUGGAACUACAAAUUAAACCUGACUACAGAUCCAAAAUUUGAAUCUGUUGCGGUAGAAGUCUGCAAGAGCACAAUUACAGAGAUUAAAGAAUGUGCAGAGGAAGAGAGAGGCAAGGGCUACCUUGUGUCCUGCCUGGUGGAUCACCGUGCCAAUAUCACAGAAUACCAGUGCCACCAGUACAUCACCAAGAUGACGGCCAUCAUCUUCAGUGACUACCGGCUCAUCUGCGGCUUCAUGGGCAAGUGCAGGGAGGACGUCAACGCACUCCACUGUGGCAGCAUCUCCACUGGAGAGAAGGACAUUCACUCCCAGGGCGAGGUGAUCUCCUGUCUGGAGAGGGCUCUGGUGUUGGAAUUGGAGCAGCGGGAAAACCGUUAUGAGAUCAAAGAGGAGUGUAAGAAGGCCAUCCUGCGUGUAGCUGAGCUCUCCUCUGACGACUUCCACCUGGACCGAUACCUCUAUUUCUCCUGCCGGGAGGACCGUGAGCGCUUCUGUGAAAACACGCAGGCUGGCGAGGGCAGAGUCUACAAAUGUCUCUUCAACCACAAGUUUGAGGAAUCCAUGUCCGAGAAGUGUCGGGAGGCUCUAACGACGCGUCAGAAGCUUAUCGCUCAGGAUUACAAAGUCAGCUACUCGCUGGCUAAAGCCUGCAAGGUGGAUCUGCGGAAAUAUCGGUGCAACGUGGACAACCUGCCCCGUGCCCGCGAGGCUCGCCUUUCCUACCUGCUGCUGUGUCUGGAGUCUGCUGUGCACAGAGGCCGGGUGGUGAGCGGGGAGUGUCAGGGGGAGAUGCUGGAUUACCGGCGGAUGCUGAUGGAGGAUUACUCGCUGAGCCCUGAGAUCGUGCUGAACUGUCGCGGGGAGAUUGACCACCACUGCUCCGGGCUUCACCGCAAAGGACGCACCCUGCACUGCCUCAUGAGACUGGGGCGAGGAGAGAAGAACAGCCUGGGGGCCACCUGCCAGCAAGCACUCCAGACUCUGAUUCAGGAGACGGACCCUGGCUCUGAUUACAGGAUCGACAGGGCGCUGAACGAGGCUUGCGAGUCUGUCAUGCAGACAGCCUGCAAACACAUCCGCACCGGGGACCCCAUGAUCCUGUCCUGUCUGAUGGAGCACCUAUACACAGAGAAGAUGGUAGAGGACUGUGAACAUCGCCUGCUUGAGCUGCAGUACUUCAUUUCUAGAGACUGGAAGCUGGACCCCAUCCUGUACCGCAAGUGCCAGGGUGAUGCUGUCCGUCUGUGCCACACUCAUGGCUGGAACGAGACAAGUGAGGUCAUGCCACCAGGGGCCGUGUUCUCCUGCCUGUACCGCCAUGCCUACCGCACUGAGGAGCAGGGCCGCAGGCUGUCCCGGGACUGCAAGGCUGAGGUGCAGAGGAUCUUGCACCAGCGUGCUCUGGAUGUGAAGCUGGACCCCAUGCUGCAGGAGCGUUGUAUGACUGACCUGGGCAAGUGGUGUAGUGAGAAGACGGAGUUAGGCCAGGAGCUGGAGUGUCUGCAGGAUCACCUGGAGGAUCUCAUCAGUGACUGCAGAGACGUCGUGGGCAACCUCACUGAGCUGGAGUCUGAGGACAUUCAGAUUGAAGCUCUGCUGAUGAGAGCCUGUGAGCCAGUGAUCCAGGCCUACUGUCAUGAGGUGGCUGAUAACCAGAUCGACACAGGAGACCUGAUGGAGUGCCUGAUCCAGAGCAAACACCAGAAAGAAAUGAAUGAGAAAUGCAUGGUCGGGGUCACGCACUUCCAGCUGGUUCAGAUGAAGGAUUUCCGCUUCUCCUACAAGUUCAAGAUGGCUUGUAAGGAAGAUGUACUGAAGCUCUGUCCCAACAUUAAAAAGAAGGUUGACGUUGUGAUCUGUCUGAGCACCACAGUGAGGAACGACACUCUGCAGGACGUCAAGGAUCAGCGUGUCUCCGUCAAGUGCCGCAAGCAGCUGAGAGUGGAGGAGCUGGAGAUGUCUGAAGAUAUCCGUCUGGAACCAGAGCUGUAUGACUCCUGCAAGCAGGACAUCGGGAAAUACUGCCAGAAUGUGCCUUACGGGAACGCCCAGGUGAUAGAGUGUCUGAAGGAGAGUAAGAAGCAGCUGACCCAGCGCUGUCACCAGAGAGUCUUCAAGCUGCAGGAGACCGAGAUGGUGGACCCUGAGCUGGACUACACCCUCAUGAGAGUGUGCAAGCAGAUGAUCAAGCGGUUCUGUGGCGAUGCAGACACAAAGAACAUGCUCCAGUGUUUGAAACAGAACAAGAACAGCGAGCUGAUGGACCCCAAAUGCAAACAGAUGAUCACUAAGCGGCAGAUCACCCAGAACACAGAUUACCGUUUGAACCCCGUGCUGCGCAAGGCCUGUAAGGCGGAUAUCCCCAAAUUCUGCCAGAACAUCCUGAACAAGGCAACGGAUGGCAGCGAGCUGGAGGGACAGGUCAUAUCCUGUCUGAAGCUCAAGUACGCAGACCAGCGCCUCUCCCCAGACUGCGAAGACCAAAUCCGAGUGAUUCUUCAGGAGUCUGCCCUUGAUUACAGACUGGACCCCCAGCUGCACAUGCACUGCAUGGAGGAGAUCACCAGUCUCUGUGCUGAGGAAGCUGCUGCCCAGGAACAGACUGGCCAGGUGGAGGAGUGUCUCAAAGUCAACCUGCUCAAGAUUAAACAGGACACCUGCAAGAAGGAGGUGCUGAACAUCCUGAAGGAGAGCAAAGCAGACAUUUUUGUGGAUCCUGUUCUCCACACAGCCUGCGCCCUGGACAUCAAACACCACUGCGCUGCCAUCCCACCAGGCAGGGGGCGACAAAUGUCCUGUUUGAUGGAGGCCUUGGAAGACAAGCGGGUCAGACUUCAGCCAGAGUGUAAAAAGAGACUGCAAGAUCGCAUUGAGAUGUGGAGCUAUGCAGCCAAGGUGGCGCCAGCGGAAGGCUUCUCCGACCUGGCCAUGCAGGUGAUGGUUUCUCCCUCGAAGAACUACAUCUUGUUGAUGAUUGCGCUGUGCGUGUCCAUGCUGUUUGUGGUGGGGCUCCUGUGUGGCCGUCUCACCAAGCGGUUGACACAAGAACAAAAGGACAGGUAGAGAGGGUGGAGCCAGCCCAUCCACCUGCUCUCUUCCCACCUUCCCCCACCUUGUACAGCCCAGCCCUGUGGAACACAAUGCAAAGCAGCUAAACUCCACCACCAGCGCUAUUCGCUGCCAGCUGGGACCCCCCUCCUCCCUCCCGGACCCCGCUGGGGACAGGCUGCACCUCGCCUGCCCUCUAGAGGACUUGUUUAGUGACCUGUAGCCUCAUUUCUCCAUUGUGUAUAUCUGAAUCGCUGCCACCUUUCAAUCAGAUAGACUGUGAUUUGACGGCUCAAGCCGAUUUUGUUGUAAAAAUCAUACUUUCUCUUUGUUUUGCAAAUAGGUUUUGCUUUGUACACUUUUUUUUCUUGCUAUAUUAAUUUCUGCACCAGGUGGCGCUAAUGUGCAUUAACAUCUAACCUUAUCUGCCACCUGUUGGACACUGUUGGAAUAUAUAUUUUUUUCUUUUUUUGAUUUACCAACAGAAAGGGGGUGGUGUUAUGGGGUAUUUAAAGUCUUGUUUUGCUGGCUUUAAGGUUUACUGUUUGUUUUUAGCUUUUAGGUUAUGAAUCUUUGCAAUUUGUUUUUUUAAAUGUACAGGGACUGCCUGCUUUGGAAAUGUGAUUGUUUUCUGAGCCAUGGAGGAGGGAAAGUCUUGUAGAGAAACAUAAAAUAGCCCUGCUGUGAUUAAUAGUGACACGACCAAUCAUUCAGAACACUCCCAAGAAGCCAACGGCUGGUUUCAAUGCAAGUUUCCCAGAUUCCCAGUUGUAGAAUUUCCGUCUGUACAAAAUAAAAUUGGCAGCCUUCCUCCAAAUUUCAGUAAUUCUCACCCUCGACCCUGACAGCUGGAAGUGCAAACCUGAACCUAGUGGUUGUGUGUUGUGUUUUUUUUUUUUUGUUUGUUUUGUUUUUCAGUGGAGUCCACUGGGAAAUUGAGAGGAGUUAUAUUUACAGCAAACUAAACAAAAUCCACUCCUAAUUGGAAUAAAACUGUCUCUCAUUGCCUUAUUUUCACUUAUUAUAGCUCAGAUCCAAGACUGCACUUGGGCAUCAGCACUGGUGCCAAUUAGUGCCUCCGAUUUUAUUUAUUUUUUGGUCCUAAAGCAGUUUGUUAGUUGGGUAUUGGGUUGUAGAGCUCAGAGAAGCUAAAUGUAUCCUAAAGCUUUAAAAAAAAAAAUACAAAAAAAAAAAUACAAAAAAAAAAUACAAAAAAAUUAAGAUUGAUUGGUGUUUGGCAAGCACAUUUUUAGUAUAGAGCAUUUUACUGUGUCAUCUGAAGUGGCACUUGUCAAACUUGGUAUUUUUAUUGUGCUGCUGACAGUCUGGUACAAUUGGUAUGAGAGUAAAAGAUGAAGAUAAACUACACUUACUGAUAAAUGUUGAAAAACUGGUCUGUCUGGGGAUCUCUGGUUUUGGCCAGCUGUUGUGUAUUCCAAUUUGUAUCUUUCCAUGCGUGGAUGCAGUACAUUCAGUGUGUGUCUCUGGUUCAUUGUAUAGUUCAAAAGAAUUCUACUAACCUUGCAAAGUAAAUACAGGAAUUGAAUUUGAAUAAACAAGAUGCCAUACUUGAUCUGUAUCAAGACACCCAUGUAAUAAAAUGAUAUUCAAAUUUUGAAUAAAACGUUGGUAUAGCAGACACACACACAUUAUGGCUUUAUGACUUGUUAGUGUUCUUGCCUGUUUAAUUCUGAACAUCUGAAUGUAAGCCCUGGGCCAUACAUACAUACAUACAUACAUACAUUCAUACAUUUAUUUUACAGCAGCACCAGGUAGAUGGUCUGUCUAAGACUGAGAGUGCUUCAGAUCCGUAUCCAGCUUAUUGAUCAUACGUGUGGUUAGAAAACCUGUGCAUCGUCCAACAAGUCGUCUUGACUCUGUCACUCCUGUACGACUUCUGGGGUUGUAGGGAUUCAUUUUAGAAUCAACGUUGAUUCUUUUUCAAGAAGCAUUUAAAUAUAUAUAUACACAAAUUUCGCUUUUAUGAAUGCAGACAUGAAACAAAUGUGUGUUUUACUUCCCUAGCAUGCAUUUUGAAGGUCAGAAGAAUUAUUGAAUGUUGAAUUUUUUAAUCUAAAGAAAUUUGACUUGGUAAAAGGGGUAGGAUAGCUUUAUUUUAUAUAUUUUUUCUACUGGUUUGUAGAUGCUUGAGAGGUAGUGUAAGUGAGGUGGCAGGGGUAGCACAAUGAAAGGGGAGGUGGGGCAGGGUGGGAGAAUUGAUAAUGAGCUGCAGCAAGAAUGCUGAAAUAACAGUACUCUAUCUUUGGUUAGGUGGUGGUGGUACAUGCUUUAGGUGUUUCUAAUGAUAGAUUAGGAAGGGAGACUGACUGAAGAGGAACCGAAGGCUGAGCAGAGACACUGCUACAUCGGCCUGGUGUGUGGUGUGAAAGUUUAAAUCAAGGUCUUAAGUGUACUUCCGUUUUUUUAUUUAAUUUUUUGGGAUAAAUAUAUGAUUUUGUACAUAAGGCAACCAGAAUUAAAGGUAGCUCACGUAGUAAAAUAUGUAUAAUUGAACUGGGGUCCUAGAAACUAAAUACAUGUAUUAUAGAUUUAUUCCCUCCCCUUUUUAUGACAGCCUUUUUUCUUUUUCUUCUCAUCCAUUAUCUGCUCGUUUUGAGAUUUAAGUUAUUAUCGAUGGGCUCAAAUUUAAAGUUUUAUUUAUUUGCCAUUAUACUUGAGCUUGGUAAUACAUCUGGAUUCCCUGUGUUCUCGUCUCAGUUUCUCAAAGCGCACAGAGUUUCAAAUAUUUACCCAUAAACAAUUAAGUUGCAGGUUAGCUGCCCGUAAUUAAUUCCUAACCAGAGCCAGCCUUCUAAUGCCUCUACAAAGCAGCCUCCACAAAAUCCUUUAAGAACCAACUGCAGACUACCGUUUCUAAGGAGGUGGGGGCGGGGGCUAGAUUAGUUGUGGAAGGAUGUGAAAAGAAAAAAAGCUCACAGAAAGGCUUUUCUGGCAUUUCACUAGGAUAGCAUUCUCACAUGUCCUUUUACUGUAUAGCUGAUGGUUUCCCAGACUCCACUGAGGCCUGUUUACCCUGUUUCUACUCCCAUUUGCUUCAGAUACAGGUGAACGGACCCCACCUGAUCCUAGUUGGAUAGUAUAGAAUGUCUGGGGAAAAUGGGCAGUAAAAAAGGGGUUGAGUUGUGAUUUACAAAGCGUUUUAAAACUUUGGUUAUUAUAAAUAACUUUUGUUGCAACAAAGUGCUUUUAGAUGAAGCUUGUCUCAUUGCAUUAACAACCCCCUCCCAAGUCUGGAUAACUCCAUUAUACAGACACCCUCCCCCAACAAUGUACAUAUAGCAUUAAAUAUCAUUCAUCAUUCUACAGAUCAGUAAUUACUAUCAUUGUCAGUUUAAAGUGAGAUUUACUCAAAAAAUAAAUAAAAUUGUUUUGUAAUAUCUUUCUUUUUGUGUAUAAAGUCCUGAACGUACUAUUCUGUUCUAACUGAUUAUGCCAUGUAAUAUUGAUGUGACAAAUAAAUAACAUCAUGUGCAUUGUUUUCGUUCUGUACAGAUGAAAUGGGACAAUUUAUUAAUAAAACGGUCUGCAGGUUUUUA